AUGGCGUCCACUGGACAGACAGAAGACAGCGAGGAGGAGAAGAGGGAAGAUAAGAGGAAGAGGGAAGAGGAGAGCAUCACUGGAUCCAGCGCCUCAAGGAAGAGGAGAGCAACCGAGGAGAGCGGAUCGGAGGAUGAGGGGCUGACAUCAGACAGCAGCCAAGACUCUGACACGUCCAGCCCCUAUGCCAGGCUUACCAUCAGCCGCUUCACCAUCCACCAGGUCUUGGGCAGGGGCAGCUUUGGCAAAGUGGUCCUGGCAUCUGUCCCUGGCCGAAACAUCUACACGGCCGUCAAAAUUAUCGACAAAAAGUGGGACAAUGCAGAUACCAUCACGAGAGAGCGGCGGAUACUCCUGGCCACCAGAGCCUGCCCGUUCCUAUGCCACCUGUAUGCCGCACAUCAGUCUCAGGAGCGGGCAUAUUUCAUCACGGAGUAUCUGUCCGGUGGCAGCCUGGAGGCUUUGAUCAAUAUGUGCGGCUACCUGAAUACAGACAGCGUAAGAUUCUACACAGCAGAGCUGGUAUGUGGCCUCCAGUUCCUCCAUGGACACAACAUCGUCCACCGAGAUCUGAAGCCGCUUAACAUCAUGUUGGAUGCAGAUGGCCACAUCCGUAUAAUCGACCUCGGGCUGGCACAAGAUGGUGUCACCGCCUCCAAUAAGAUCCGUGGAGUGACGGGAAGCCUUUAUUACAUGGCCCCCGAGAUACUUCUUAGGAAAAGUUAUAGCACAGCAGUUGACUGGUGGAGUCUGGGGAUUGUGGUGUCCAGGAUGGCAUCAGGACACCACCCAUUUCACUAUGGCCCCUUCCGAAAGACGGCUCGCACAGCCAUUACCACCCAUGAGCCAAACAUUCCAUCUUGGCUUCAUGCUGAUGUGCAACAUCUUGUUGCAAAACUGCUGUGCAAGAAACCUAAGAAGCGUCUCGGUGUGCGUGGUAAUAUACGGAUGCAUCCACUGUUUUCCACCAUCGGCUGGAAGGAACUGGAGGAGAGGAGGGCACGGCCGCCAUUUACACCAUUUCAGCGGGUUCUGGAGAAGCAACAUCUGUGUUGGCCAAAGGAUAAGAAAGCCCAUCACCCCGUGGCCGAAUUUAGCUACAUGUCACCUAGCUGGGCCCGGUGGAUGAGAAGAUCUGGGCUGUGAAGGAGUCCACGACCAUCUGGAUGAAAUCCUGCCAACUUCCCAGAACUCUGUGCCUCCUCCUGACCAAUGCCUCAUGUGUAUGCUGUUCUGUCACCUCGGCUGCCAGUAAAAUCUCAUCUCUCUCCAUACCAUCCUGAUGCCUCAUCACUGUCAUCGUGUGGCUGCCCCAGGCCCUUGACCUGACAUCCUCCGAUCCCCGGGCUGGCAUCUGACAUCACUCCAGCCUGAAGAUGCUCUAGGACCCCAGGAGCGGCCUGUGCUUAGUUUCCAUCUGGUGAGUUCAGGGACAAUAGCCGCAUGUUGUAGUCCUGGGGCUGCUAAUCGGCUAUUACCCCUGAACUCCCCGCAGCACAGGCCGGGUAAGUAAUACAUACACCGCACAUCACUAACACUACAUGAUAGGUAUAGGAACACUACAGGACAGGUAUAGGAACACUACAGGACAGGUAUAGGAACACUACAGGACAGGUAUAGGAACACUACAGGACAGGUAUAGGAACACUACAGGACAGGCAUAGACACCCACACAUAGCAGACAGAGAUAUCGGCUUUGAUCCUGGGAUUUAUUCUGAUCGCCAUAUUUGGGGUCGGGAAGGAAUUUUCCCCCUAGUUGAGGACAAUUGACCUAUUCCUCACAGGGGUUUUUGCCUUCCUCGGGAUCUACACGGCCGUAAAUAGGUUUAGUAUGAACAUUAGUCCACACAUUAGUAUAGUAAUAUAAAUGUAGAAAACAUAAAUGUAGAAAAAAUUGUUUAAAAACAUUUAAUAUUUAAUAAACCUAAACAUAAGAUUUGCAGAAGUCUCUAAAUUGAGUUGAAUACGCUUCUUACAUUUAUCCCCAUAUCCCGCAGGUCAGGAAUCAGCCUUUGAUCCUGGGAUUCAGGGCUCAUUCAUAAGACCAUAUGAAUGGGUCCGCAUCCAUUCCUCAAUUUUGCGGAACGGGUGCGGACCAUUCAAUAGGUCCACAAAAGAUGAGGACAGCACACAAUGUGCUGUUUACAUCUGUUGUUCUGUCCCGUGUCCCCACAACAAAUACAGUGCAUGUCCUAUUUUUGUCCACCAUCGCUGACAAGAAUGGGCAUUUUCUAUAUAGCGCCGGCCCUGUGCGUUCUGCAGAACACACGCGGCCGGUAUAAGUGUUUUGCGGAUCUGCAAUUUGCUGUUGUGUGAAUGGACCCUUAUUCUGAUUACCAUAUUUGGGGUCAGGAAGGAAUAUUCCCCCCUGUUAGGUGGAUUCUCCAUUCCUCAGGGGAGGUUUCUCCUUCCUUCUGGAUCAACAUGGCCCAUAAAUAGGAUUUAAUACGACAAAUAAACAAUUGGCACAUACCCAGUAA